UGGCGGCCAGGCUCCGCCCCCGCCGCGCGCGCUGCCGUCACGGUGCCGCCGCCGCGCCCUCUCGGCGCGGUUUGAAUGUGAGGCGCAGCCCCGGCCCGCACGGCCCAGCCCGCCCCGCCGCCGCCGCCUCCCCGGGGCAGCCGCCAGGUUCUGCCAAAAUGGAGCUGAGCGAUGCCAAUUUGCAGACCUUAACUGAGUAUCUAAAGAAAACACUGGAUCCAGAUCCUGCUAUAAGGCGUCCUGCGGAAAAGUUUCUUGAGUCAGUUGAAGGAAGCCAGAAUUAUCCAUUGCUACUCUUAACGCUGCUGGAGAAAUCACAGGAAAAUGUCAUCAAAGUUUGUGCAUCUGUAACAUUCAAGAAUUACAUUAAAAGGAACUGGAGAAUUGUGGAGGAUGAACCGAACAAAAUCUGUGAAUCAGACAGGAUAGCCAUUAAAGCCAACAUAGUGCCCUUGAUGCUUAGCAGCCCAGAACAAAUACAAAAGCAGUUAAGUGAUGCUAUUAGUAUUAUUGGUCGGGAAGACUUUCCUCAGAAAUGGCCAGACUUGCUGACAGAAAUGGUGAAUCGUUUUCAAAGUGGAGAUUUCCAUGUCAUUAAUGGGGUCCUUCGUACUGCUCACUCUUUAUUUAAAAGGUACCGCCAUGAAUUUAAGUCAAAUGAAUUAUGGACAGAGAUCAAACUUGUACUUGAUGCCUUUGCAUUGCCCUUGACAAACCUCUUUAAGGCAACUAUUGAACUUUGCAGCACACAUGCAAAUGAUGCUAGCGCUUUGAAGGUUCUAUUUUCUUCUCUCAUUCUAAUUGCGAAGCUGUUCUACAGUUUAAAUUUUCAGGAUCUUCCUGAGUUUUUUGAAGAUAACAUGGAAACGUGGAUGACAAAUUUUCAUACCCUUUUAACUUUAGAUAAUAAACUUUUGCAGACUGAUGAUGAAGAAGAAGCUGGGUUACUGGAGCUCUUGAAAUCACAAAUUUGUGAUAAUGCUGCUUUAUAUGCUCAAAAAUAUGAUGAAGAAUUCCAGCCCUACCUGCCACGUUUUGUAACGGCGAUCUGGAAUCUGUUAGUCACAACAGGCCAGGAAGUGAAAUAUGACUUGUUGGUUAGCAAUGCAAUCCAGUUUCUGGCCUCAGUGUGUGAAAGACCACAUUACAAGCAUCUCUUUGAAGACCAGAAUACACUGACAAGCAUCUGUGAAAAAGUUAUUGUUCCCAAUAUGGAAUUUAGAGCUGCUGAUGAAGAAGCAUUUGAAGAUAAUUCUGAAGAAUAUAUAAGAAGGGAUUUGGAAGGAUCUGAUAUUGACACCAGACGCAGAGCAGCUUGUGAUCUGGUCAGAGGCCUGUGCAAGUUUUUUGAGGGGCCUGUGACAGGAAUUUUUUCUGGAUACGUUAAUUCCAUGCUGCAGGAAUAUGCGAAGAAUCCAUCUGUUAACUGGAAGCACAAAGAUGCAGCUAUUUACCUUGUCACAUCUUUGGCAUCCAAAGCUCAGACACAGAAGCAUGGAAUAACACAAGCCAAUGAACUUGUUAAUCUCACGGAAUUCUUUGUGAAUCACAUUCAACCUGACUUAAAGUCUCCUAAUGUGAAUGAAUUCCCUGUGCUAAAAGCUGAUGGUAUCAAAUAUAUCAUGAUUUUUAGGAGCCACGUACCUAAGGAACAACUGUUGUUAUCUAUUCCUCUCUUAAUCAAUCAUCUUCAAGCAGAAAGUAUUGUGGUCCAUACUUAUGCAGCCCAUGCUCUCGAAAGACUGUUUACCAUGAGAGGGACAAAUAAUACUAUUCUCAUUACAGCUGCGGAAAUGGCACCAUUCGUAGAAGUGCUGCUAACAAACCUGUUUAAAGCACUAACGCUUCCUGGCUCAUCUGAAAAUGAAUACAUAAUGAAAGCAAUCAUGAGGAGUUUUUCUCUGCUGCAGGAAUCCAUAAUUCCCUACAUCCCUUCUGUCAUCACACAGCUUACACAGAAACUGCUGGCUGUCAGUAAGAAUCCAAGCAAACCUCACUUUAACCAUUACAUGUUUGAAUCAAUAUGCUUGUCAAUAAGGAUAACGUGCAAAGCAAACCCUGAUGCAGUUGGCAGCUUUGAAGAGGCUUUGUUUAUGGUGUUCACUGAGAUACUACAGAAUGAUGUGCAAGAGUUCAUUCCAUAUGUGUUUCAAGUGAUGUCCCUACUUCUGGAAAUGCAUAAAAAUGAAAUCCCAUCAUCCUAUAUGGCAUUAUUUCCUCAUCUACUUCAGCCAGUGUUAUGGGAAAGGACAGGAAAUAUUCCGCCUUUGGUCCGACUCCUGCAGGCUUAUUUAGAGCGGGGUGCCAACACAAUAGCAAGUGCUGCUGCUGACAAAAUUCCUGGAUUGUUAGGUGUGUUUCAGAAGUUGAUUGCCUCUAAAGCUAAUGACCAUCAAGGAUUCUACCUUCUAAACAGUAUUAUAGAGCACAUGCCUCCUGAAUCAGUUGACCAGUACAGGAAACAGAUCUUCAUUCUACUGUUCCAAAGACUUCAAAAUUCCAAAACAACAAAAUUUAUUAAAAGUUUCCUAGUCUUCAUUAACUUGUACUGCAUAAAAUAUGGGGCAUUAGCUCUUCAAGAAAUAUUUGACAGCAUACAGCCAAAGAUGUUUGGAAUGGUUUUGGAGAAAAUUAUAAUUCCUGAAAUACAGAAAGUGUCUGGACAAGUUGAAAAGAAAAUCUGUGCUGUUGGCAUUACAAAAAUACUAACAGAAUGUCCUCCUAUGAUGGACACUGAGUACACCAAGCUGUGGACUCCUUUGCUGCAGGCCCUCAUUGGGCUCUUUGAGCUGCCUGAGGAUGACACUAUCCCUGACGAAGAACACUUCAUUGACAUAGAAGAUACUCCAGGAUAUCAGACUGCGUUCUCUCAGCUAGCCUUUGCUGGGAAAAAAGAGCAUGAUCCUGUAGGUCAAAUGGUGAACAAUCCUAGAAUCCAUCUGGCACAGUCUCUUCACAAACUGUCUACUGCGUGCCCUGGCAGGGUUCCAUCAAUGCUGAGUACUAGUCUGAAUGCAGAAGCGUUGCAGUAUCUCCAAGGAUACCUCCAAGCUGCAAGUGUGACACUGCUCUGAAUUGCAUAAAUUUCACAAGCAAGAUCAAAAGCUGUUUUGUUACACAGAAGGUUGACACUGACUUUUUUUUUAUAGCGCAGCUCAGACAAAAUGAAAAAAAUGCUACUUGAAAAUGUAUUGCAGAAUCCAUCUUGUAAAAGAUAAAUGCGGCUUUAAGCAGAAAUUGAAAGAAUUUGGUGGUGUGUAUAAUCAUAGGUAAACAGUGGCUAACUUCCAUUCCCAGUUUAAUUGCAAAGGGAAUAGUCGUAGCGGUUUGUUAUGGGGUUUAUUUGAAAUCUGCAUCUGCAGUAUUUGGAUAACAUUUGGAAAUGUAUGGAGAGCACUGGCUGUAGAAACUCCCUUCAGUCACUAAAAUUCCUUUUCAUUUUGAUGUUGUCCUUUGUAUUUCUUUUGUCUUUCCUUAAACUUUAUCUAAAUUGUGAAUAAAUAAGAAGUACUUGUUUAAAAUGCCUGUCACUGUGCGCUUACUGUUUUAGAGGAACGUAGCUGGUUUAAAAAAAAAAACACAAAGGUAGUGUUUUAAACUUAGGAUAGAAUAUAAGAUAGCGGGGCUGUAGGGAUUUUCCUUUACCUUAAGUAAUAGCUUCAAUACAUUGUAGGAUCAUGCAGAGCAAAUCUAAAACUUUGGCAGAAGAUCCAAAGCUGCUAUUACUCUUCUGAUAUUCAUCAACAGGUGCACCCCUUCUCUUCGGACAAGACGUGUCAGAGUCAUGCAGUAAAAGCAUGUAAUGGUACCCUCUUAGAGCAGACAUCAGUUUCCCAAGUGGAUUUUUAGUGAUGUAUUAUUACAAGUGAAGCAGUGACUUUUUUUUUUCUGUUUAACUAGGAUGUUCUCCCUGUCUUAAUGAAUAUGCUGAUUAGGUGUGGUAGCCUUGAAUUCUAAGCGCAUCAGUUUACGUUACAGUUACGGUUGUGUAAAAGAGACUGGAUAAGUGCCUGAGUCUUACUGAGUUCUCAGAUGGCCUGGACACUGAACUGCUAAACUGUAGGUUGUUAGAGCACAAGUACUGCAGGGAUAUAGAUAAAUUUGGUUGUAGAGACUGAAAAACUCCGAGUAAGAGCAGAGUGCCAGACUUACAUGAUACUAAGCAAUGUUACACAUGGCAGAUGUUGGUUUUGUUUUGUUACUUGUUACUUGACCACAGAUUCUGCAGAUUACUUGAAUCAGUUUUGGGGUUUUACAGUUACAAUGCUUGUUGAAGCUGAGCAUUGCAUCAAGAAAGUUAUGAAUUUACUGAAGGUAAAACACAAGGCAGAAUCAGCUGUCUUUUUUUUAGUUCUUCUUUAAGAACUUUAUCUGUGGCUGCCAUGCAUAAAUGCAUGCUGGCCAUAUCUCUUAAUGUGUGAAGAAAUGAGUUACUUGUCAGACAAUGGAAACUGCUUAAGUGCCUAAAAUGUAUUAAAUAAGUCAGCAUCAACAUGUUUUCUUGACUCUGGUGCAGUGUCAGACCCUCUUUGUUCAUAGGUGUAAAAUGAAAGCAGUUCUCAAGAGUGAAAUAAUACGGUGGUGAUCAUGAAAAGCAUUUGCCUUAAUGCUGAUGAGACUGUGAGUGUUGCAAGUUUGCAGAAGCACCCUGUAGAAUAGAUUUCACUAGACAGGCUGAAACCACAGGGGAGAUGUGUGUGAUGUUUGCAAGGAACUGAAUGCCUACCUCGAAUGUCAACGUUAACUGAGCUGUGGUCAUUCAUAACCUGCAAGCCAAAAAGCGACCCAGAUCACUACCUGCUCUACAACUUUGUCUUCUUCUUGGCUAAGAGGGAGAACAAUUAUUUUUUUAAUGUCAACAUCGAAGGAUCACAGUUAAAUUGGUAGUGGUGUUCAUGUAACAGUAAUUUGACAUGCUACCUUUGCAUCUAGUCAAGUAGACAGCCGACAUCCGUGUGCUAGAUAACCUUGCGUUAGCAUGGAUCUCAGUGCAAUGCAGUACUAAGGGGCUCGUAUUAAAUCGUCGUCGUUCUGCAGUUCUAAGCAAGAUUUCUUUAGGGGAUGGAUUGCUGAGGUAUAUGAAGUGAGUGAACAUGUUUCUUACCAGUACCAACUGUAGAUGAAUCUGGACAGGAUUUACUGCACCAAGCCAAAACCUUUUUGAGAGGCAGACAAGAAAAUGGGCUCUUUUGAAUAGAAGUUUAUCAGUGAAUCUUACAUUCACUAUCUUGUACUUCCUGCAAGGCGUGACUCUUUGUUGUUGGGCAGACAUUGCAUGUGAAUAAGUGCCUAAGUGACUUCAGAUCAACAAAUAUUAGUGGCAUAAUUGUCCUUCAGUUCACUCACAGUUUAGUAUCUUAGACUUUGUUGUCACAACUGUGGCCAUGGCACUGUUAGUGAUGUUAUUUAGUCCUGAUGUAUCUGGCAGAUUCCAUAAGGCAUGUGUUUGUAUAGAGCACUUAGCCUUUCAGGGAAAUGAAAAUUUCAAGUGUAGUGCCAGCAAGAAAAUGCAUUUGUGCUUCGAAGUACAGGCAAAUGUUAUUAUCAGUGCCCUCAUCUUUAUUCAGGUGGAGACCUUAUUGCCGCUUCUGACACCUCCAGUCCUCAAUCUUUAGGAGAUGGUUAUGUUCCUGAAUUUAUCUAACCAGAUUUAUCUGCCAAUUUUAAUGAAAACCAAUGCAACCAAUGUGGUAACAGUUUCCCCGAGAUGGCUCAAUUUCUUUAAGCCACCCUUCAGUGUAUUCUUUGUUACACAGUUGGACCAGUUUUUCCUUUAGAAAGCUCAGCCUGGAAACAGCUGCUGUCACCUCGAUCUUCCUAGGACCUGUGCGCAUCUAAUUCAGUUUCAGACAGUUACCUCAUCACCUGAGAUCCUCUUCUGAAAAUCAACAGACACUUCUCCCUUGCAACUGAUAAUGGUAAAAGUUUAUUCAUCUUCAAAGGAAAAAGGAUUACUUGCCCCUUUUUGAACAUGAAAUGUGUAAACGGACAUCUGUUUCAGGAUCUUUUGAAACCACAGAAUUCUCAUGUACUGUCCUUACUUGGAUCCUACUGACCUGUGGUGAUCUUUUUUUUUAAUAAAAAUAUUCUGAGUCUUAUAUAAUGGAAAAAAAAAAGUGUUAUACUUGGUUUCAAAAACAACAACCAACCUUCAAGACCAACACAUGCUCUUGUUUUCAUGGGUUGUGGUGGACCAUGAUGUUACCAGCAUUCCUGCAGUAGUGACAGCAUGUACUAAAGCAAAGUCCUAUUUCUUUGUCUCUUCAUAUAAAUGUGUGCUAAGGAGUCAUCCUCUAAGCUAGCCAGACACUUCAUUCUAAAUAUUAAGUGAUGAGGCCAGCGCAUAUUCUUUCAGUCUUUCUAACUUAGGCUUUCAGAAAACUUGGUUUUCUUCAGGCUCUCAGUAGCUUGCUUGAAGGUGCCUUCCGUCAAGCUGUACUUCUUUGACUGUUAAAUGUACUUCCAUGCUCAUUCCACAAGCUUUCAGCAAGAACAGCUUCCCUGUAAUAUUGUCAAGAAGGAUGGGCCAGACUAAAGCUGUCAGAGCAUGUCUUUAUACUGUCUUUCAUGAGGACAAAAUAACCACAAAGCAUUGUGUGAGAUCCCAGCUCAGCUGUUCACAGCAAUCUAUUUGGUUACAGUUCUUCACCCUUCCCUGAAGUUCGCUCAUUCUUGUAAAAGAGUGAUCUGUAUCUAUCCUGAGACUGCAUGCUUCAUGAUGUCAGGAGUGCUGCUAAAAUGCUGGUGAAUCAAUUUGAAAACAUUUUGACAAAACUUUAGAAGAAUAAAGGCAAAUUUCCUGCAGUGCAGCGUAUUUAUGCUUGCACUAGCUUGGAUAACUGCCUCUGCCAGGCAGUGCACACUACUCACGGAGUGCUGCUGUGGAUGCAGCUGUGCACCAUGCUCCAAAAUGUCAUGUCAGUUUUCUUGUCCCAAAGCUCCCGAUGUCAAACCUUUAUUAUUGUCUUAAGACACUGUAAUCUUUCCUUCAUAGAAAUAACAGUAUUUUUUUAAAUAACUGUUAAGUGCUUUGAUUCUAUCAGCCAAAAAGUAGGUGAGAGGAAAAAAAAAAACUUGAAAAGCAGAAUAGAUACUUUAUUUUCCCUUGGCUUUCUACCCUUACUUAUUUAAAUGAAGCAAUUACUGCCUUUAACUUAACUUAGAAGAAAUCUGAGGUAUCUGUAGGGAUUACUGGCUAUAACAGUAGGUACCAGCUAGUACGUAAAAGCUUAUUGACUUCCAUUGACAGCUACUUGCAACGUGACCUUAGGCCUAAACGUUUUCUCUCAUGUAAGGUCAAAGCUUAUGCUGGACUUAACGUAUUGUAUUCAAGAAGAAAAUAGAAGUAAAUGCUUUAUUAUUGUGAAAAAAGGAAUAGAAAGUGAAAAAAAUAUUUUGUUACAAAUAAGUCAGAAAAGCAGAAUGAAAGGGGUUUUUAGCACAGCUAGUCCAUGUAUUUAGCUUCCUUGUAAAAAGUUUUCAUUUUCAAAAGCUGUGAAGGGAAGUUCACACUCUGGUUUUGUGUCUGAUGUAGAGAUAUUUCAGAGUAAGUAACAAAAUAUAUUAAUAAAUAUCAAAUUUCUAGGUGAACAUCUGAAAAUAACUGUAAUUACAGUACUGCUUUCAUACAAGAAAAUGAAAGGUUCAAAUAUUUUACAAAUUGUUAGCUAGAAAUAGGUCUCUGUCCUUGUUCUGUUUAAACUGUUGCAUAAAAAAGUCUUUUGUAACAUUUUUCAGUAAGUAAUCAUGCACAUAAUAGAGGAGUAAAUAUCCUCAAAUGAAAGGAGAAAUACAGUGCACCAAGAGUUUCUCAGACUUUUGAAUUACAUACGUAUUUGAUUAAAAUUAUAUUCAGGUUUGUAAUUUGGCUGCAGAUGCUUUUUGUCCCAGUCAUGACGAUUUUACACUUACCCAGACAUUCACAGUUUUCCAAGGGACUGGGGAGGGGACAAUGGAGGGGGGGAUGAGAGAACAGAAAGCAGAAUUUGUAAUGAAAUUAAAUAUGGAAAAAAGUUAGCUUUGUAUUUCCCUAUCUCCACCUAAUUUUCUACAAAAAUAACUGUACAAGUGUUGUUUCUGUUACAGACAACAUUGAGCCUUUGCAGUAACAAUUGCACAACAGUUGAAAUUUCAUUUCCUUCUGAAAUGUAACUGUUGCUGGCUUGGGAUAAUUAAAGGAUCUAACAGCACACAUCAUUAUGCAACAGACCACAAGAGCAUAUGAAUAGGUGUUUAAAUGUGAUAUGGGAUAUAUAUAUCUAUACAAUUAUAUUACUGGAGAAUGUCUUUUAAAUGCUAUAUUGUCAACUGAUUUUUAUGUGUAUGAUGUAUUUUCUUCAUGGUAUCUUUAGGAUCCAUACCAGUGUUAAAUACAGAAAUGGAUAUGGAGCUUUAGAUAUAUCGGUUUUUAUUUGUUUGGUUUUGCUGCAAUGUUGUAGUUGUGAUUCUCCCCUCUAAAUAUGAAGACUUUUGCAUUUACUGUAGAAUUUAAGUUACAUGUAUUUGGUUAGUAAAUGUUGUGGGCUGAAUGCCACUUUUUUCUUUUUUUUUUUUUUUGGCUGAACAAUGGCAGAAAUUACUGACUUGCAAUUUAAUGAUGCCAUGGGGUUUAAAUGCAACCUUGUAAUUUAAAAUGUAUUUUUACCUAUUAAGAAAGAUAAAAUAUUUCUAAAUCAAAA